AUGGUGAACACAAGCCUCAAAUACGUAGACCUCAUACGCCAGCGCACUUCAAAGUGGGCGAAUUGGUUUCCCGAAAAACAGGACAUCAGAGUCGGGUCGUAUGGUCGUUUUAACGCCCAGACAGGCAGGUUUGAUGUUGAAGGAAACGUGUACGAUCCCGAGUUUCAGAAGCUGCUGGACGCUACCGAUGGGAAGAUGAAGCUCUCCGAUCAUCCGCCGGUGCUUGACGAGGAGGAGAAAGACUUUGCUGUUGGAUCUAUGGGCGUCAGGCCUAAGGAUUUCAGUCUUGGAUCAGACGUCGUUGAGGGCAUCGACAAAGCAGCGUAUAAACAAGACUGGCAGUUUCUGCAGGACAAACGAGGCGCGAUGCUCGUGAUGUACAAGCCCCGUCAAGAGCAUUUCCCUAAAGGAAAAGUAUUUGAAGCGCUCUACAAGGUUCCAGAGCUCAAGGAAAAGUACAUCGUGCCAUCGGUGUACAAGUGUCGUGCUUAUGCUAUUUACUUGUCUAACAAAACUGGCGAGAAGAUUUCAAUGGCGCUUCUCCCGAAAUCUGGCGAAGAGAACAAGACGCAGCUCGAGUGGUGGACUGAUUCAAAGGUUGAAAACCUUCAAAUCAAAACGGAUAAUGACUACGUGUUCUCGCCGCUUUUCACUUGCAAGCGCAAGAUCCCCUUGAUCCGUCCCCUGAUGCGCGACUCGCCUACUCCAGACCCUGUGGACGAAGGCUUUUGGAUGGAGUGUUACCCACCUUGGGAGCCACUCGAUGACGAUGGUGAGAUCGAUCCAGUGUAUGAUGAUGAUCAAGAGGAUGACCCCAACGUCUACAUCCCGCGAAGAGACUCUGUAUAUGUGCCAUACCCCAUUUCAGACGACAGUGACGAUGAGUGA